CACAUACACACAUACACACACACACAUCAUCAUACAUUAUACAGUAAUUGUCAGCAGCAAGUGUCGAGCGAAAGAACGGGUGUCGAAACAUUGAUAAAUUUGUCGACGAUAUUUCGUGCGUAGUCGCGAAAAGUCGAAUCGAAUAAAUGGCGAGUCAUAAUUAUCUAAGCGAUCCGAAGAAUCCAUUUUUCUCGUUGGAAGACGACGUGGACGAUGAGACAUUUCUGAGGAAUGCGCCAGUCAGAGCUCUCCCCGCUGGACGUUAUCAGAAUUUUAACAAUGACAUAACGCAGAAACGUCAACAAUUGCUUCAACGUAAAAAGGAGAUUGAAGAACGCACGAUACAGUCUUCGGAAAGGUCCGUCUCGCUUCUGAGAGACUCUGAACAAAUUGGCGUUGCUACAGCCGAGGAAUUAAUCAGACAAAGAGAACAAUUGCAAAGAACGGAAAAGAGAUUAGAUGAUAUUAAUAGCACGUUAAGAUUUAGUCAGAAACAUAUACAAGGCAUAAAAAGCGUCUUUGGCAGUUUGAAAAAUUAUCUCAGCGGUAAAUCUUUGGAUGCGCCAAUACCGUCGACAAAAUUAUCAGAAUCAUCCAGUUCUGGGUCCAUAACGUCUCCCGCACUGUCCAAUACAUUAGAACAAGUACAAAGUAACAUUAGCAAUUCGUAUUCGUCUACAAAAAUAAAAGAAAAUUACAACGACAACAAUCUUGAAGAUGUUAGGCCUGCUGGCGACAGAGUAACCAAAGCUUUAGAGCAUAAUUUAAGUGAAAUGAGUGGCUCAUUAGCGAGACUAAAGCAUUUGGCAAUUGGUUUAUCCGAAGAAAUAGACUCGCAAAAUGAUCUGAUUGAUAAUAUUACCGAUAAAACUGAAAGAGCGGAUAUUCUGUUACAACAGCAAAAUAAAGACAUGUUACAUUUAUUGAAGAAGUAAAUUAGAAAACUGUCAUAUCACAGAUUAAUUGGUAUUGUUAAAUCUGGGGUGUAUUUAAAUUGUGCAAUUAUAUUACGUGGCACAUUUUAUAAAAUUUUUCAAAAGAUGAUUGCAAUUUGUAAGAUGAUUGAAUCUUUAAAAUAUAAUAUAAUGAUAUAAUAGUAGAGAAUGAUACAUCAUCCUUCAUGGGGAAAGUAUCCAUUUUUUGAUGAUUGUUGAUAUUAUAUAAAAAUACAUGCAAUAUCUUUAUACAAUAUACAUAGAAAUACAAUGAAAUGAAUAUGAAGGACUUUUCCAAUCAUUUCUCAAAAUUUUGUAGUUUAUUAAAAUGAAAACUUUCUGUGAUAAGUAUCAAUAUGUAAUAAUCAAGUUCCAAAUUUAUUCUUUGGCUUGUUAUCAUGAUUGAUUCAUGCGAAGACAUGAUUUUCAGGUAUUUUAUACAUAUGCACAUUCAUAUUUUUAUAUAACAAUGAAAAGUACAGUGAAUCA